AUGCCCGAUUGUGAGAACGAGUAUGCCUUCACAUUCGAUUUUAAAAAUAAGUUUAUUGGAAUGCCUUAUGACAAGGAAUUCGAGCUGUUGUGGCAACAAAUCGGCGAAGAGCUCAGAGCCAAGCACAGUCGCUUUCUGGACAUGCCCUAUGACAGCGGCUUCGAACGGAUGUGGCGCCAAAUCCGGCUGGAACUGAAAAGCGAUCAGGAAGUCACCAACUUUGCCCUCCGAUUCCAGAGGAAGCUAACCAUUUCCACACUUCAGAGAUAGGGAGGUCGGGCCUUUUGAGUCGUUUAUUGAAUGCAGAUAAAAUAUAUAUAUUCAAUUUUAUUGAACGGCAUUGUUAUGGUUUAUAUGUUACGUAUGUCUACUAAGAAUGGAUUGUAAAGAUUACACUCGUUUUGGUUAAAAUAAUUUAUUGUUUUCGGAAUUGGUUUCAAAGUCAAAUAAGUCAAGCGAUUAUUUGAAUUCGAUUGGAAAAAAAGAUAAUAAAAAAGACUUAACAUAA